AUGCCCGGCUGGCUCUGGCCACCCGCUCGCCUUUCCCGCUCGGAGUCAGAGCAGCUCUCUCCGAGGAGGUGGGGGUGGGAGGUGGGGGGAAUGUCUCCGGCCUCGUGGCCAGGCCCCCGGGUCCCGCGGUCCCCGCCCCGGGGCGGGCCUUGCCGGGUCCCUGCCCGCGGCCGCACGUCCGCUGCCCACCUCGGCUCGGCCUCGCCGACCUGCUCCGCGGAGCUUUCCGCCCGGAGGGACCCCCACACGGACGUGACUGCUGCGCCUCGGCGCCCUCUAGCUUCCGGGGACCAUGAGGCUGCCCCGGCCCGCGACACGGCUGGCCCCGAGGUCUCGCCCGGCGCGCGAACUGAUGCCCUUGGCCAUGAUGCGCCCCCAGCUGCUGUCUGCUCAGGCACAGCCGGCGUGA